GGUGAAGGGGAGUACUUGGAGCCCAUCACAAGGUGUCCCUGUCCCCUCUGCACCCCGAGGUGGGUGCCACAGCCCUCCUCCCAACCCCAGCACCCUGCCCCUUUGUCAGGGCUGCCAGUGCCCUCGUUAGCCCACGUGGGCAAGCAAUAAUUGACAAUAAAGCCCUGCUUAAUGCACUGGCUUUACGGGCUGUCAUUUAUCGGCACUGGAGCAAACUGCGCUCCCAAUUAGCCCUUCGACUGCUGCACAAUCCCCUGGCUGGGCUGUGCCCCUGCCACGGCGGGGGGGUCCUGGGGCUGAGUGGAACCCAGCACCCCACCACCCCCCCAGUCCCCGUCCCCCAUCCCCGCCGAAGUUCCCGGUUCCCUUUGCCAAGGUGACAUAAGCAUCUCGCCUGUUUCCAUGGCAACGCAGCGGCAGGUGAGUGCGAGGCCGAUGCGGGAGCCGGCGCACGUGGGGGGCCGCUGCCCACGUUUCGGGGUGCCCACGCUGCGUGGGGCGUCUGCAGCAUGCAGGGUGCCCACGCUGCAUGUGGUGGCCAUGGCAUGUGGGGGGACCAUGGGACAUGGGGUCCCACAGUGCAUGGCAGAGCCUGCAGAGAUAGAGGCACGCGUGGGGUUUGGGGUGCCCACAGCAUGUGGGGCACCCACAGUGCAUGAGAUAACAGAGGUGGCUGGCGUAGCUGUGCUGCAUGGGGUGGCUAUAGGGUGCAUGGGAUGGCUACAGGGUGCAUCGUGUGGCUACAGGGUGCACGGGGUGCCCAUUGUGCAUGCAGUGCCCACAGUGCAUGGGCUGCCCAUCAUGGAUGGAAUCUCUGUCAUGGAUGGGGUGCCUGUAGUGCAUGGGGCACCCAGACCACAGCCCCUCUAAUCCCUCACCGGGGUUCCAGACCAGCUCCAGCCUCCCAGCCAUGCCACUUUGCCCCACACAGCGCCCAGCAGCAGGAUGGCACCUGUGGGGGUGCCUGGCAGCCCCCCAACUCUGAUGCUUGCUGCAUAUCGCCAGCUUCAUUUGCUGCCUGUGGUCCCACUUUACCCAAAAGACCCCCAGUACCUGGUUGAGUGGGUGCUGGGGGACUCGAUGAACAUCCUGCCUCCUCCAUCCAUUGCUGCUGGCCCCCACGCUUCCAUGGUGAUAGACACACAGCUCGGCGACUGCUGUACUCAUUUCAUGUGUGAUUACAAGGCCAGUCCCCAGCACCGCUCCCCCAUUCACAUUCACCCAGCAUGCCCGAGUGGGAGGCAGCAGCGGUACUGUGCAGUGGCGAAACUGGUACUUAAUGGAUAAAUGGGCUUGUCUUUUCCCAUCUCAGCCCCUGCCUGGCACAGCAUGGAGCCCCACACACCAGCGUGGGCACCCAGGGGUGCCUGAGCAGGAGGCACAGCAGUGAGAGCCACGGAUGAUGCGUGGAGCUGUGCCGCAGCCGGCACCGGGCCCUGCACUGCGCUGGGGACUGCAGCGCCUGUCCGCGCCGUGACCCCCCGGGCCGGCCCUGGGCUGCGUCUGGGGGGGGUCAUUAAACCAGUGAAAUAUGAAAUGCCUCUGUAUCCCCGACAGGGGUUUUAAUUAAAUUAAUUGCCAGCGACAUUGUAAAAGUGCUGAUGGGGUAAUAACCGGUGCAUUAUGGUUGCCGUUUAUCUUCCCCGCGUAAAUUAGCUGCCGCACCUUGCCCGUCCCGGCGGGCACCGCAGGGGCUCGCUUAGCACCCGCUCCCCAGCUCUGAGGGUCCUGAUCCAGCUGGGGGGAGCAGGAUACCCCCCUGGGGGGCUCAACCAGGGCCCAGGGACCCCCAUGUCUCCCAUGUCCCCUGUGUCCCCAUCUCUGUUGCACGAGCAGGAGUCAGCCCGGGUGGGCACCGUGGGCAGUGGGGGUCCUGUGGGCGAGUGGUUGCCAAACGAAGGCACUUAAUUACUGCGCAUUCCAUCCCAUUUAAUUGCUUAUUAAAUCCUAACCAGCCAAUUAGCAGCAGCAAUUACAGCUUCAUUCAGUGACACAAUCGCUAUUUUAUCGUUUGUUAAUCAAAUGCUUAUUUAGGGCCCUGGUUUAUUAACUCUUUCCACAGCAGGCGCCGGCGGGGUGAGGGAGCGGGGGCACCCGGCCAUGAAUUGGCUGGGGGAUGUGGGCACUGUGGGACUAUGCCACAAGCCAUGUCCCCAGCGCUUCUGGCCCCUGCUGCGUGGCACCCACAGCCCCCAAGCAAAGCUGGGGGAUGCCCGACCCCCCAAGGGACAGGUGUGCAGCCUGGGAACACAGGGGACAGCCAGCCCCCAUGUGCCAUGCUUGUGCCCUCUUCCAGGUGCUCAACAAAGCGCGACUGUGGCCAACCCGGUGUCCGGCGCAUCCCAGGACCUGCUGCCGCACUUCCAGCUGGAGCCAGAGGACGUCUACAUCGUGAAGAACAAGGCGGUGAGCCUGGCCUGCCGGGCCACCCCCGCCACCCAGAUCUACUUCAAGUGCAACGGCGAGUGGGUGCACCAGGGCGACCACAUCAUGCAGCACAGCACUGACCACGGCACUGGGCUGCCAGUGAUGGAGGUGCGCAUCGAGGUCACCCGCCAGCAAGUGGAGAAGAUCUUUGGGCUGGAGGAGUACUGGUGCCAGUGUGUGGCCUGGAGCUCCUCUGGCACCACCAAGAGCCAGAAGGCCUUCGUGCGCAUUGCCUAUCUGCGCAAGAACUUUGAGCAGGAGCCAACGGCCAGGGAGGUCUCCAUCGAGCAGGGCAUCGUGCUGCCAUGCCGCCCUCCCGAGGGUAUUCCCCCGGCUGAGGUGGAGUGGCUGCGCAACGAGGAGCUGGUGGACCCGGCGCUGGACGCCAAUGUCUACGUGACACCGGAGCACAGCCUGGUGCUGCGGCAGGCCCGCCUGGCCGACACCGCCAACUACACCUGCGUGGCCAAAAACAUCGUGGCCCGUCGCCGCAGCGCAUCCGCCGCCAUCACUGUCUAUGUGAACGGCGGCUGGUCGACGUGGACGCAGUGGUCGGGCUGCAGCACCAGCUGUGGACGGGGCUGGCAGAAGCGGAGCCGGACGUGCACCAACCCCACGCCCCUCAACGGGGGUGCUUUCUGUGAGGGCCAAAACGUGCAGAAAACCGCCUGCACCACCCUCUGCCCAGUGGACGGCGCCUGGUCAGAGUGGAGCAAGUGGUCGGUGUGCGGGGCUGAGUGCACCCACUGGCGCAGCCGGGAGUGCUCGGAGCCAGCGCCGCGCAACGGGGGCCAGGAUUGCCACGGCCCCGAGCUGGACACCCGCAACUGCACCUCCGAGCUCUGCAGCCAUGCUGCCUCUGGCGCGGAGGACGUGGCACUGUACGUGGGGCUGGUGGCCGUGGCCGUGUGCCUGGUGCUGCUGCUGCUGGUGGGGGUGCUGGUGUACUGCCGCAAGAAGGGGGGCCUGGACGCUGAUGUGGCCGAUUCCUCCAUCCUCACUGCCGGCUUCCAGCCCGUCAGCAUAAAGCCCAGCAAGGCCGACAACCCCAGCCUGCUCACCAUCCAGCCCGACCUCAGCACCACCACCAUGACCUACCAGGGCUCGCUCUGCCCGCGCCAGGACGGCCCGGCCAAGCUCCAGCUGCCCAACGGGCACCUGCUGAGCCCGCUGGGUGCCGGCCGGCACACGCUGCACCACAGCUCGCCUACCGCCGAGGGCGCCGACUUCGUGGCCCGGCUCUCCACACAGAGCUACUUCCGCUCCCUGCCCCGCGGCACCAACAACAUGGCCUACGGCACCUUCAACUUCUUGGGGGGGCGGCUUAUGAUCCCCAACACAGGGAUCAGCCUGCUCAUCCCACCCGAUGCCAUCCCACGGGGGAAGAUCUAUGAGGUCUACCUGACCCUGCACAAGCAGGAGGAGGUGAGGCUGCCCCUCGCCGGCUGCCAGACACUGCUGAGCCCCAUCGUCAGCUGCGGCCCGCCUGGGGUGCUCCUCACGCGCCCCGCCAUCCUGGCCAUGGGUCACUGCGUGGAGGCCAGUGCCGAGAACUGGAGCAUCCGGCUGAAGAAGCAGUCGUGCGAGGGCACAUGGGAGGACGUGCUGCAGCUGGGCGCCGAGCCGUGCACGGAGCUGUACUACUGCCAGCUGGAAGCGCAGGCUUGCUACAUCUUCACGGAGCAGCUGGGGCGCUUUGCCCUGGUUGGGGAGUCCCUCAGCAUGGCGGCCUCCAAGCGCCUCAAGCUGGUCCUGUUUGCGCCGGCUGCCUGCCCCUCGCUCGAGUACAACAUCCGCGUCUACUGCCUCAGCGACACGCAGGACACCCUCAAGGAGGUGAUCCAGCUGGAGAAGCAGCUGGGGGGGCAGCUGAUCGGAGCUCCCCGGGUGCUGCACUUCAAGGACAGCUACCACAACCUGCGCCUCUCCAUCCACGACAUGCCCAGCUCCCUCUGGAAGAGCAAGCUGCUCGCCAGUUACCAGGAGAUCCCUUUCUACCACAUCUGGAGCGGGCUGCAGCCCUUCCUGCACUGCACCUUCACCCUGGAGCGCCUGAGCCCCAGCACCUGCGAGCUGGCCUGCAAGAUCUGGGUCUGGCAGGUGGAGGGUGAUGGACAGAGCUUCACCGUCAACUUCAACAUCGCCAAGGACACGAGGUUUUCGGACUGGCUGGUCCCUGACAGCGAGGUGGGCGCCCCGGCCCUCGUGGGCCCCAGUGCCUUCAAGAUCCCCUUCCUCAUCCGCCAGAAGAUCAUCAGCAGCCUGGACCCGCCGGGCACCCGGGGAGCCGACUGGAGGACGCUGGCCCAGAAGCUCAACCUUGACAGCCAUCUCAGCUUCUUCGCCUCAAAGCCCAGCCCCACAGCCAUGAUCCUCAACUUGUGGGAAGCGCGGCACUUCCCCAAUGGCAACCUCUCUCAGCUGGCCGCCGCCGUGGCCGAGGUGGGCAAGCAGGACGGUGCCCUCUUCGCCGUCUCCGAGGCCGAGUGCUGAGUGUGGCGGGGAUGGAGGCACAACCCCGCUCCUGGGGGACCACUGCCAUGGGGCAGGGGGGGCCCCGGCCGGCCCCCAGGCCCCUGCUGCCCCACAGCCCAUGGCGAGGGCUGCCUGGUCCCCUUGUGAGACAGGGAUGCCCGUGCCCCACGGCAGUCAGGCCCCCCCAGUGCUGCGGCCCCGGGCGUCCCACAGCCCCAUGGCGGGGGGCCGGGGGGCACUGGGUGUGCGUCGUGCGUGCGGUGCCGUCGUGCUGUCUGCGUGUGGGGCCCCGUGCCGUGUUGUGUAAAGACCGUUUUUUUAAUUCUGUAUUAAGUGCAUUCAAGUA